CUAUUGACUUGUCACUUGGAAAUAGGUGAAAAUGGUACAGGCGACCCACGACUUGGUGUCAGGUUAGAGAACCAACUCUGACCUUUUAAAUCGUUUAACAUUUAUGAUGAAGGAGAAAGAAUGUUAAGUGGGUGGAGAAGGUAUUUACAAGUUUUACCUAGUAUUCACUACUGACAAGAGGACUGUUCUAGGUUGUGGGUGGAUCCAAAUGAGGGUGUGGUAUCCCUGUCCCUAAAGAAACUACAGUCCCGUUGUGAAAACAGGACUCACAAAUGCCAAACUGUUACAGAAAGAGCAGACAGAAUCAGAGUACAGACUUCUCUUUUGUUUCGCGUUAACAUAGCCAUGAGGACUGUUGUUUGUUAUUUGUCUCAGCUUUUUUCAUCUUUUUUAGUUUUAACCUUUUUGUAUACUUCUAUAAAUAGCAUAUUGCUGGGUAUUUUUUUUUUUUUUUAAACCUAAGUGGACAGCCUGAGCCUUUUGACUGGCAGCCUUAUUGUACUUAUAUUCAAAGUCAUUUCUGAGGUAUUCAAGCCACAACCGUUUGAGUCAUCCUUGACUCAUCUCUUUCUCACACACAUGGAAUCUGUCAGCAGCAAAUCCAGGAACUCAACCUUCAGAAUCUAUCCGGAGACCCAGGCCCUUCUCACCACCUCCCCUUAUCGAAAUUGCAGCUAUCUUUCACCUGGAUUCCUGCGGUCUCAUAUUUUGGAUUCUGGCUAUGUUAUAAUGAACAGCACUUUGACAUCAGAUGUCAUUGGUCGGAGGGUUGAAGUUAACGGGGAACAUGCAACAGUGCGUUUUUCUGGCAUUGUCCCUCCUGUGGCAGGACUCUGGUUAGGAGUAGAAUGGGACAAUCCUGAGCGGGGAAAGCACGAUGGAAGCCACGAAGGGACUGUGUAUUUUAAAUGCAGGCACCCAACAGGCGGAUCCUUUAUUCGUCCAAACAAAGUAAAUUUUGGAGUAGACUUUCUCACGGCAAUUAAGAACCGCUAUGUGCUAGAAGAUGAACCAAAGGAAGAGGAAACAGAGCAGAUUGUUAUAAUUGGAAAUAAACCUGUAGAAACCAUUGGUUUUGACUCUGUUAUAAAACAGCAAAGUCAGCUGAGCAAGUUGCAAGACGUUUCUUUGAGGAACUGCGCAGUAAAUGGUGCUGGUGACAAAGGAGGAAUUGCCAAAGCUUGUCCUAAUAUUAGAAGCAUCGAUUUGUCAAAAAACCUGUUGUCAUCAUGGGAAGAAGUUACAGAUAUUGCCAAUCAGCUCAAGCACCUGGAAGUCCUUAAUCUCAGUGAAAAUAAACUUACAUUUCCCUCGAGCUCACCAUCUCCAGCUGGAACAUUUUCUACGCUGAAGGUUUUAGUCCUUAACCGGACAGGAAUAACAUGGGCAGAGGUGCUCUGCUGUGCCUCUGGCUGGCCUGUCCUGGAGAAACUCUACCUUGAGUCUAACAAUAUCGUCAUUUCGGAAAGGCCAACUGAUGUUCUACAGACAGUGAAGUUGUUAGACCUUUCCUCUAAUCAAUUAAUUGAUGAAAACCAGCUAUUUCUCAUAGCGUAUCUGCCCAGAUUAGAACAACUAAUCCUCUCUGACAUUGGAAUUUCUUCUAUACAUUUUCCGGACGCUGGAAUUGGGUGCAAAACCUCCAUGUUUCCUUCCUUGCAGUACCUUGUACUAAAUGACAAUCAGAUAGCACAGUGGUCCUUUAUGAACGAGCUGGAUAAGCUGCAGAGUCUGCACGCGCUGUCGUGCACGAGAAACCCCCUGACUGAAGGCAGCAAAGAUGCCCAGACCACACGGCAGUUCAUCAUCGCCAGGAUCGGUCAGCUGAGGACCCUGAACAAGUGUGCGAUUGAACCAGAGGAGAGGCGUGGGGCUGAGCUUGAUUACCGAAAAGCAUUUGGAAAUGAAUGGAAAAAGGCCGGCGGACAUCAGGAUCCAGAGAAGAACAGGCCAAACAAGGAAUUUCUCGAAGCCCAUCCUAGAUACCAGGCACUCUGCCUCAAAUAUGGUGCACCUGAAGACGGGGAACUGAAAACACAACAACCAUUUUUGCUCAAAAACCAGCUACUAACACUGAAGAUAAAAUAUCCCAAUCAACUUGAUCAGAAAGUCACAGAGAAACAACUGCCGGAAUCCAUGACAGUUCAAAAGGUGAAAGGCUUGCUGUCACGUCUCCUCAAAGUUCCUGUGUCAGAACUUCUGUUGUCCUACGAAAGUCCCAAAAUGCCGGGCAAAGAGAUUGAACUAGAAAAUGACCUACAGUCAUUACAGUUCUAUUCUGUGGAAAAUGGAGACUGUCUGUUAGUGCGAUGGUAAUAGCCAACUAAUAAAAUUCAGAGGUUUGAUAAUGUAUCAUGACUGGGUUUCACUGCAAAUAAAUGACUUAUUGGGACAAUUCUCCCCCCACCCCCAAAAAAAAAAGAAGUUUACAACUUGCCCUAAGUAUAGAAUAGCUGUAUUUUUCUUAGAGAAGAAAACAUUUCUAGGCAUGUAUAUAACAGCAAUAAUAAAGGCUUUGCACCUA